AUGACUCCAAGUUACAGAGAUUUGUACAUGGUAAAGCAGCGAGAAUUUGCGAUCGUUUCUAUUUCUUUAGUUAGAGUGUUUGCUGUUUUUUUUGGCGUGUUAGUUUCUUUGCUUUCAACUUCUGAAGCCAGCAAAAAAUAA